CACUCCCUCUCCUCUUGUCUCCACGGUAACGGAAGAGGGGGGCUCACGAGGAGAGGUACCCGGACUAAUCACAUGACCGCCCCUCAUCUCGCUACCUCUCUGUUUGGAUGUGCAUCGGUUGUUCUUGGACCGAGAGCGACCAUCGAUCAGCCGGGCCACUCAAAGUAGCUUCGCGGGUCGACUGAACGGGAAUAGACAUGUCAGACAUAGUUCCUCCGGAGGUGAGACCUAAACCAGCCGUCCCUGCCAAGCCCCCAAACGUGGGGGCUCCUUCCCCCUCCAGCCCCUUCCCGCCACAGGGCCAGGGCAUAGGGGGCGGUGCUUCAGCUCUGCCUCCCAGUGCCAUCCCAGUCCCCAUCGGGAGUCACGUUGCCAGCCACGCCGCGGGUCACAACGUGGCUCAUGGGGCGGGCCAUGUUGGGGGCCUCGCCGCUGCCCACAAUGGAGGUCACGGUCACGCAGGCGCCCACAGGCCCGUGGGUGGAUCCACUCUGCUGGGGUACAUUGGUAUCGACACCAUCAUUGAGCAGAUGAGGAAGAAGACCAUGAAGGCGGGCUUUGACUUUAACAUCAUGGUUGUCGGUAACAGCGGGCUUGGCAAGUCCACUCUGGUGAACACCCUUUUCAAGUCCCAAGUGAGCAGGAGGAGCGCCGGCUGGGCCCGGGACGAGAAGAUCCCCAAAACCAUCGAGAUCAAAGCCGUGUCUCAUGUCCUCGAGGAGGGCGGGGUGAAGAUGAAGCUGACCGUUGUCGACACCCCGGGAUUUGGAGACCAAAUCAAUAACGACAAUUGCUGGGAGCCCAUUUCUAAGUACAUCAACGAGCAGUACGAGAAGUUCCUGAAGGAGGAGGUCAACAUCACCAGGAAGAAGCGCAUCCCCGACACCAGGGUGCACUGCUGCAUCUAUUUCAUCACCCCGACCGGACACUCUCUGCGAUCGCUCGACAUCGAGUUCAUGAAGCGCUUGAGUCACUCGGUCAACAUCAUUCCCGUCAUAGCGAAGUCAGACACGAUGACCAUUGAGGAGAGACUGGAGUUCAAACAGCGGGUAAGGAAGGAGCUGGAGAUGGGCGGGAUUGAGGUUUACCCCCAGAAAGAGUUUGACGAGGACAUGGAGGACAAAAGCGACAAUGACAAGAUCCGGGAGGCGAUGCCCUUUGCUGUGGUGGGCAGCGACAAAGAAUAUCAAGUGAACGGCAAACGAGUCCUGGGGAGGAAGACGGCGUGGGGCAUCGUAGAAGUCGAAAAUCCAAACCAUUGUGAAUUUGCCCAGCUGAGAGACUUCCUGAUCAGGUCUCACCUCCAGGAUUUGAAGGAAGUCACUCACAACAUCCACUAUGAAACCUAUCGUGCCAAGAGACUGAACGAGAACGGCGGUCUCCACCCGAUCACCUCCAACGACACCCAGGAAAGCAACCUGUAGUGCGCUGAGUCGGUGUGAGAAUAUAAACAGUGCAACGAAGCCGAUAGAGGAACCCAUCGUAUAUUGUUACCAUUGUUACCACGGCAUCGGUGCAUGCUCGACAAACAUUUCGGUCUGUAAAAUAUCUGUGAUCUGUGACAUGUCCGAUUUCUUCUUAUUCCUCACCGCCGCCCAUCGUCUUCUACAGUCUCGCCCCCCCCCCCCCCCCCCCGCCCAAAACCCCUCUGGCCCAAAGUCUAGUGCCAUUAUAAAAUGAACAACUCAUCAGCUGCCAAUGCCUAAUUUAUCACCAAACGGUUAGUGUCCGAUCUGAAAGUGCCACACUGUUAUGCGUAUAAGAGAAAACAUUCUUGUUUUUGUGUUGUGAAGCAACUGACGUCUAAAUUCAGACAAAUAUCUGAAAAUAUUAUAACUGUGACUCCACAAUUCCCUGUAGCCGUGCACACAAACUAAACAGCUCGGGGAUGUUCGGCUCAGCACACUGUGUUACACCACCGUGGGUAUAGAGGAAGGAAACAUGCAUUAAUGCUUGAGCUCACUCGCAUUAGCUACGUUUUUAUCCUUGAAAAUACCCUGGAGGAUAAUUAUAGAACAGAGCAGUUGUUUUUAAUAAAUAUAUCAUGAAUUUUGUUUGAUGGAUGUUUGUGGCCUAUUUAAACAGAAGAGAAAUGAAUAGACAACAUUCCCCAAAUGCUAAUGUUAAUCUAAAAGCCUGCCGCAUGUCAGUGAAAAGGAAAUCACGUCCUCUUUGCUCAUGUUUCUUUUCUUUUUUUUUGCAAGGAGGAUUUCAUCAGUUUUUCUUGUUACUAAACCCACUGGUCACUCAGGAAUAAAAUAUUUUCUUACUCAAAAGAAAUCCCAUACAUAGAAUCCCAACAUAGAACAGGUGGACAGAAAACUUUCACAUUUUUAAUUUUUGUGCGAAUCCUUUUUUUUUUUUUUUACAGUACACAGAACUCUAAUGUGGUGGCCAGUAGUUGUGUUGAUGCCAUUUGAAUAUGAAAUUCAUAUAUCCACCACCUUGGGGCAGCACUCCGCCACGUAUAAGUAUAAGCAGUGAGUCGGUAGGCAGGCGGACCAGCUCUCCCUCCACACACUUUCCUACUGCUCAGAUGUGACGUUGCGUUUUGUACACAGUCGAGUGUUAUUUAUCGAUGACGUUUACAUGAGUUUGGAUCCUCCACUGCUGACAGUGAUAACUUGCAUAUCUCUCCAGGUCAGGUCUGCAAGAAACUUUAAUUAUAUUUCCCCAAAGUGUUGGUGCAAUUAUUCCAAAUCAAUAAGAUUUCUGAAGUUGUAAACAUGUUUACCAAGUUCCCUUCAAGAACUCCACUGUUGUACUGCUGUGCAUUGCAGCGUCCGCAGUACAGCACAGAAUAUGCCAAAACUACAAGUAAUUCAAUAUUUCGCUAUUAUCGAUUUAGUUUUCUUUUUGUUUUACGUUGAAUCAUCAAGUUCUACAAUAACCCACUUUUGUGCGAUUUAAUUAUGAAAUGUGUCAUAUGCAGCAAAUAGCUAAUAGUUGUCUGUGAAUAUAGUGCAGUCAAAGGUUUCCAGCAGAAAUUGAAAUGGUGUUUGUGUGUGCAUGCUAGUGUCCAUACUGAUCAGUUCCCAUAUCUCACUUAACUCCUGUAACUAGAUCAUCUACAUAUCACUCAUCCCUUUGAAUGGGUAGAACGCUACCAUGUACAUUAAUUUGAUAACCACUUUUCUCAAAGUUGCAGUGACACAUUGAGAUAUAAUUUUCUGCGUUAUUUUGAGUUAAACGUUAAUGUCUUAUUUUGUCGUAAUUUAUUCUUUAUUAAAUUAAAGCACAUUCCCAUGUU